AUGCAUGAACGAAGCAAGCAGUUCCCCUACAUUGUGAUAGAAGCAUUAAAUUUUGUGUCCUUUUGUGUGAGUCUCUACUUGGCUGUUGCAUUUCUCACUUCUUCUGAUUUGCGGGAACUGCAGAACUACCCUGUGUUCAUGACAAACAUCAUCGACUGUCUCGCUACCGGUCCUGGCUUCAUGGGCUUUAUGCUCACAUCUCAAGUCGCCCGAUAUCACCCUUCCCAGUCCAUAUUCUUCAAGCCAAGUUCCUUCACCCGCUAUACUGGUUGGCGGGACUCAAUCCGGGAAAAGUUUCUGCCGAAAGUAGUGUACCAAGUGAACAUUUUCUGGUGGAGAUGCUUGCCAGACUUUCUGAUCAUGCGUGUCAACGAAUACGGAACAGGAAUGGACGAUAGAUAA